UGUUUUCGGCCACCCAGGCACGGAAAGGCUUCUGGGACUACUUCCGCCAGACCAGCGGGGAGAAAGGCAGGAUGGAGCAGAUCCAUCAGCAGAAGAUGGCUCGUGAGCCCGCAUCCCGGCCAUCCUGGGCUCUUCAGCGCCCUCUGCCUGCAGCCCCCGCCUUAACAACUCUAUAGCUGUCGUCCGUUUGACCACUGAGGCUCGGGACCCGGGAUCGACCGGGAGGACCCCUGCUGCGGUCCCCAGAAUCAAAGGAUGAUGUGGCGCAUCCAUGCUUCUUUGAUCAGUGUUGUAGGUCUGGAUUUGCAUAUGCGAUGUGUUUAUGCUUCGUGUGUGAGUAGUUAUGACGGGCCAGGGUUAGGACAAGAGUCCCUGACUCUGGGGCCAACGCCCUGCGUCCUUGGUUCCCCUAGAGGGUCAGUGCGUGACGACUUUGGGACAAGAGAGAUGAUGGGGGCUAGCAGUCUGACAGCCUGGAUAUCUGUCCCCUUCCCCAGGAGCCUGAAAGACAGCCUUGAGCAAGACCUUAACAAUAUGAACAAGUUCCUGGAAAAGCUGGGGCCUCUGAGUGAGAGCGAGGCUUCUCGGCUCCCACGGGACCCGGUGGGCAUGCGGCAGCAGCUGCAGGAGGAGUUGGAGGAGGUGAGGGCGCGCCUGCAGCCCUACAUGGCAGAGGCGCACGAGCUGGUGGGCUGGAAUUUGGAGGGCUUGCGGCAGCAGCUGAAGCCCUACACGAUGAAUCUGAUGGAGCAGGUGGCCCUGCACAUGCAGGAGCUGCAGGAGAAGUUGCGCGUGGUGGGAGAAGAUACCAAGGCCCAGCUGCUGGGGGGCGUGGGCGAGGCGCGGGCUUUGCUGCAGGAACUGCAGAGCAGCGUGGUGCACCAUACCGGCCGUUUCAAAGAGCUCUUCCACCCGUACGCCGAGAGCCUGGUGAGCGGCAUCGGGCGCCACGUGCAGGAACUGCACCGCAGUGUGGCUCCGCACGCCCCCGCCAGCCCCGCGCGUCUCAGCCGUUGCGUGCAGGUGCUCUCCCGCAAACUCACACUCAAAGCCAAGGCUCUGCACGCAGGCAUCCAACAGAACCUGGACCAGCUGCGCGAAGAGCUUAGCCGCGCCUUUGCAGGCACUGGGGUUGAGCAGGGGGCCGGCCCGGACCCCCAGAUGCUCUCCGAGGAGGUGCGCCAGAGACUCCAGGCUUUCCGCCAGGACACCUACCUGCAGAUCGCUGCUUUCACUCGUGCCAUCGACCAGGAGACUGAGGAAGUCCAGCAGCAGCUGGCACCACCUCCACCAGGCCACAGCGCCUUUGCCCCAGAGUUUGGACAAAUGGACAGUGACAAGGCCCUGAGCAAGCUGCAGGCCCGUCUGGAUGACCUGUGGGAAGAUAUCACCUACAGCCUUCAUGACCAGGGCCACAGCCAUCUGGGGGAGCCCUGAGGGUCUACUUCAGGCCUAUUCUCAGCUCCUUGUCUGGGGAGCCCUGACCCUGAGCCUCCAGCAUGGUUUAGUCCUUGAAAGUAGCCCAUUGGGUAGAGGGUGGAAGGUCCUGUGCAGGACAGGGAGGCCACCAAAGGAGCUGCUGUCUCUUGCAUAUCCAGCCUCCUGUGACUCCCCCAUCUGGAUGCAUUACACUCACCAGGCUUUGCAAACCCAGCUUUCCAGUGCUCAUUUGGGAAUUGCAAUUCUUCUUUUUUUUUAAGAGACAGGGUCUCACUAUGUUGCCCAGGCUGGAGUGCAGUGGCUAUUCACAGACGCGAUCCCACUACUGAUCAGCAUGGGAGUUUUGACCUGCUCUGUUUCUGACCUGGGCCGAUUCAUCCCUCCUUAGGCAACCUGGUGGUCCCCUGCUCCUGGGAGGUCACCAUAUUGAUGCCAAACUUAGUGCAGACACCCGAUUGGCAUUGGCCCAGAACUCCUGGGCUCAAGCGAUCCUCCCACCUCAACCUCCCGAGUAGCUGGGACAACAGGCACGCACAACCAUGCCUGGCAAGUUGCUCCUUUCAAGGGUGAGGGAGUCGGGAGGGAGAAAGGCACCAUGCAUGUGGGUGAUUAUCUGCAAGCCUGUUCACCAUGAUGCUGGAAGCCUGUGCUACUACAUCCUGGAGUUUGGCUCUGGUCACUUCUGGCUGCCUGGUGGCCACUGCUACAGCUGGUCCACAGAGAGGAGCACUUGUAUCCCCAGGGCUGCUGUGGCAGCUUCUGUCAGGGGAAUAGAAGGGAGAAAGAGGAAAAUACCAUGGGAAGAAGUGUGAUGGUGUCUGUAUACCCCUGCUGGCUCUGAUGCUGGUGGGUAUGAAAGGGGCGGGGGGCAGGGCUGGGAUGGGAAAGGGCAGAGCCCACAUUUCCUGACAUAGCUCUACACCUAAAUAAGGGACUGAACCCUCCAAACUGUGGGAGCUCCUUAAACCCUCUGGGGAGCAUACUGUGUGCCCUUCUUAUCUCCAGCCCCUCCCUCCAGACUCCCAAGCUGAAGCCUAGACUUCUGGCUCAAAUGAAAUAGAUGUUUACGAUAGAA